GUGCGUCCGGGAGUUGGGGCGGAAGUGACGGGAAGCUGCUGGUGGAGUAGUUGGCGGGUGGUUGAGUGGAGCCGGUCGCCAUGUCCGCGGGGAGCGCGACACAUCCUGGAACUGGCGGGCGCCGCAGCAAAUGGGACCAGCCCGCUCCCGCCCCUCUUCUCUUUCUCCCGCCAGCCGCGGCGGGUACGGAGGUCACCAGCAGCGGGGGAAGCCCAGGGGCAGCCGCCGCUGCUCCCUCGGGAGCUUUGGACGCUGCCGCCGCCGUGGCUGCCAAGAUCAAUGCCAUGCUUAUGGCUAAAGGGAAGCUGAAACCAACCCAGAACGCUGCUGAGAAGCUUCAAGCCCCUGGAAAAGGCCUAACUAGCAAUAAAAGCAAGGAUGACCUGGUGGUAGCAGAAGUAGAAAUCAAUGAUGUGCCUCUGACGUGUAGGAACUUGCUGACCCGAGGACAGACUCAAGACGAGAUCAGCCGACUUAGUGGGGCUGCUGUGUCCACUCGAGGGAGGUUCAUGACGACUGAAGAGAAGGCUAAAGUGGGACCAGGGGAUCGUCCAUUAUAUCUUCACGUUCAGGGACAGACACGGGAACUGGUAGACAGAGCUGUAAACCGAAUCAAAGAAAUUAUCACCAACGGGGUAGUGAAGGCUGCGACAGGGACAAGUCCAACUUUUAACGGCGCAACAGUCACUGUCUAUCACCAACCAGCACCAAUUACGCAGCUGUCUUCAGCAGUUAGCCAGAAGCCUCCUUUCCAGUCAGGGAUGCAUUAUGUUCAAGAUAAAUUAUUUGUGGGUCUGGAACAUGCUGUGCCCACAUUUAAUGUCAAGGAGAAGGUGGAAGGUCCAGGCUGCUCCUAUUUGCAGCACAUUCAGAUUGAGACAGGUGCUAAAGUCUUCCUGAGGGGCAAAGGUUCAGGCUGCAUUGAACCAGCAUCCGGCCGAGAAGCUUUCGAACCUAUGUAUAUUUACAUCAGUCAUCCUAAAUCAGAAGGCCUGGCUGCUGCUAAGAAGCUCUGUGAGAAUCUCUUGCAAACAGUUCAUGCUGAAUAUUCUAGAUUUGUGAAUCAAAUUAAUACUGCUGUACCCUUACCAGGCUAUUCACAACCCUCUGCUAUAAGUAGUGUCCCUCCUCAGCCACCAUAUUAUCCAUCCAAUGGCUAUCAGUCUGGUUACCCUGUUGUUCCCCCUCCUCAGCAGCCAGUUCAGCCUCCCUAUGGAGUACCAAGCAUAGUGCCACCAGCUGUUUCACUGGCACCUGGAGUCUUGCCAGCUUUACCUACCGGAGUCCCACCUGUGCCAACACAAUACCCGAUAACACAAGUUCAACCUCCAGUUAGCACUGGACAGAGUCCAAUGAGUGGUCCUUUUAUUCCUGCUGCUCCUGUCAAAACUGCCUUGCCUGCUGGCCCUCAGCCCCAGCCCCAGCCCCAGCCCCAGCCACCACUCCCAUCGCAGCCCCAGGCACAGAAGAGGCGAUUCACAGAGGAGCUACCAGAUGAACGGGAAUCUGGACUUCUUGGCUAUCAGCAUGGACCCAUUCAUAUGACUAAUUUAGGUACAGGCUUCUCCAGUCAGAAUGAGAUCGAAGGAGCAGGAUCGAAGCCAGCAAGUUCCUCAGGCAAAGAGCGAGAGAGGGACAGGCAGUUGAUGCCUCCACCAGCCUUUCCAGUGACUGGAAUAAAAACAGAGACUGAUGAAAGGAAUGGGUCUGGGACCUUACCUGGGAGCCACGAUUAUCCUGCCAAGAAGAUGAAGACUACAGAGAAGGGAUUUGGCUUAGUGGCUUAUGCUGCAGAUUCGUCUGAUGAAGAGGAGGAACAUGGAGGUCAUAAAAAUGCAAGUAGUUUUCCACAGGGCUGGAGUUUGGGCUAUCAGUACCCUUCAUCACAACCACGAGCUAAGCAACAGAUGCCAUUCUGGAUGGCCCCGUAGGAAGCAGUGGAACAGAGUUUUGACCUCGGAGACUUCUUAGCAAUAAUGCAUGUGUUUGAUUUAACAAGACUUGGGGCCUGUGCUGGGAGCCAUCAUGGACCUUGCAGAAGUUAGAAAUGCAGUGUCCCUUUUUCUUAAAGGGAUUCCAUUCUUUUUAAAAACAUGUCUGCAGUGACAUUAACUUCUGUUAAAAUUUACUUAGAUCACAAAUUUGUCUCAGAGCUUUUCUAACAGUUGGUGAAAUGUGCUUGUCAGAUGACACAUCCCAGUAGGAUGAUUCCCAUGUACAUUUGAAAGGUCCAGCCUUGUCCAAAUGAAUACCACAACCUUCACCUAAAGAAAGGUUUAUUUGUAUUUUACUACUGUUGGGUCAAUUUUGAUAUUCACUGGUUACAAACAAAGCCUUACUAUUUAUUAGUGGGGAAAUACUUUUAAAAUUGUCUUUUGCUUUCAAUAUUUAAUUCUCAGAGAUCCUCAUCCCUAUUUCAGUUUGGAUUCUUCGUUUUGAAAAUUGCUGUUUUACUAAUGUAAAAAUACUUGAUACAGAUGGAUCCUGAAUAGGAAAACGAAAUUAUUUUUAAUUGUGUCUUUUUAUUGGGAUGAUGUGAAGCUGGCACCUUCAGGCACAUUUGUUCAGACAGCCAUUGCCCUUCUAAACUCUGUCUCCAGCUGGGUCAGAGACAAGAACUUGACUAAAAGCUGGUCAGAAGUCAUCACAGAAAUGAAACACAGUGGUCUGUCUGUCAUAGAACUGGUUGCAGCUAAGAGAGGUUUGACUACAUCCAGUAGGAUGGUGGACUUAGUGACUGAAUUGCAACUUGUCCUUUUUUCUUGGCGUUACAGGUUUUGCCAAAAGAACUUUUUUGUAUCAAAUAUUGAUGUGUGAAAGUGAAGGAGCUAGUCUGCUGAACCAGGAAUAGUUUGAGAUUCUGAACUGUCAUUUUUGCACAUUGGAAUACUUUGCAGGCUGGCUUUGUACAAACUUAAUCUCUGGUUUCCUAUAUGUUGUAAAUAAUUAGACCAUAAUUUCAAUAUAAAUAAAUGUAUAAAUAUUCA